AUGGAUCAAUGAUCAUGCUUUGUGUCUUGUUUCUUUAGUUCAACUUUAUUAAUUAAUUAUUGUUUUAAAACAUUCUCAACUUAGAAAUAAAUAGUUGUUUAAAAGAUAAUAACUAUGACGCAAUAUCCAUUACAAGCUUUAAAACGCAAACUUGAGGAUGAAAGUAUAUCAUUGCCGAAACGGUUAAAACUUGCGAAAAACGUUGUUAAUUCACAACAUUUUGCCACUGCGCCGAAAGAGAGAAUCAUCGGGGAUUGGCUGAGCAGCCUCAUAGAGAACAGAAAGAUCAGAAGCAGAGAAAUAAAAGAAAUUUUGAAUUGGACGAAUAAUGCAGAAUCUUUGACUAGUGAUUUGAAAUGUAAAAUUAUAAAGGUCAUUUCUCAAUAUCUUCACAGUGAAACUUUAAACAAUGAUGAUGUUCAGCUAGUCACAGCAUUUAUAGAGAACCCAAAAAUUUCAACACAACUUACAACGCAAAUAGACGAUUUUCUCUUCAUCGCAAUAAAUUUACUCGACCAUUUAAGUCAUGAUGAUAAUAAACAGCUCCAGCAGCGUAUAUUUAACUGUAUAGCAAAAUAUUAUAAGGAUUCCAAAAAGAAAUUGGAGUUUAUAGUAAAGUUUUUAGAUGGAGAAAAUUUAGAGACCAUAUUCCAAUAUUUACGUACAAAUCGGGAAUCUGUAAUUGAUCUUUGUCAAAGUGUUUUGUUUCCAAUGAUAAAGAGACCUGUAUUCGCAAGUUUUCUCAGCAAUUUAAUACGUAAAGACAAUAUAGAUGAGCUGAUAGCUGAAAGGGGUGAAAAUAUACAAUCGGUGCUCAAAAUUAUGAGUGCUUUCUUCACAUUUCCAAACGGAAGAUCUAAGAAAGAUGCCCAAUUUCUAUCUGACUUCAUUGAUAUAUUUGUUACCUGUUAUAAACAUGAAAGUCAACUCAUAUUUGCCUUCUAUAUCAUGGCAACAAAUGUGCUAAACAUCCAACAAAGUUACAUGAAUCCAGCUAUGAAAAUGCCACCAAUAUUAUUCGAGGAAAACGAUGAUAAAAUUAAAAGAAAUAUCUUUCUAAACAUGUUGGGGGUGUUACUACAUAAUGAAAUAGACAUAAGUGUUAGACUAACUGAUACUUUGGGAGAGAAAAUAGCUAAAGUUGAAGUGAAAAAAACUUUUAUGACAUUCCUACAAGCGACCAUGGUGGGUGUAUUGAAAAUGGAAGGAAAAAUUGAUAAAACAUCGCUACAGAUUAUAAAUGUAGCUUUAAAGCUAGAUCCCAGUAUAGUAGAACAGAAAAUGGACAAAAUACUACCGUAUAUUAUGACUGCGAAGAAAAACAAUUCAACUAUGAAUGUCUAUACGGAAACAAUGAAUAGUUUGUUGGAAAUUUUGUUUAAAUUAAGCCGAGGAGUGGAUUUCGUUAGCAAAAUGGUUCCACAUUUGAAAUUGUUUCUGGAAGGUUCUAAUGUCAGUCAGUUUGAGAGUAAGCAGAAACUGAAUGAAUCUAUUGAACUGGGAGAAAACUGUGACAAGUUGAAAAAUAAGAUUAUCACUGGGAAUGAUAUAUUACCAUCGGAAUGUGUAGAAAUGUAUGGGCAGUUAACUUCUGAAUUGAUGUUCAGACAAAAUAAGGAGCUUCUGAUAUCCCUACAGAAAGAUUUAGAAGAAAAUUGUAUUAUGAUGUUAGAGGAAGGUUUUGUUAGUCCAUCAAUCAUAACCCUGACGGAAGUGCUGUCGGCCAUCUUGUCGAGUUUUCUGCGUCACAGCAGAAUGGCGGACCAUACGGUACCAUUAAAUAUUGCCGAAGAAUUCUGGUCGAUAUUUCAAAAAGCCGAAAGUGAAUGUUUGCAGAAAUUCGGGGAGUGUGUUCUAAAAUUGAACUAUAAUCCACAACUUAUCAUGGCAUUUCUGCAGCUCUGUCUUGGUUUCGCCCAACUAAAAUUACUGAAUAUUAAGUAUAGCAACACUAAAGUAAAUGUAAAAGAAGUGACAGAUAUUUUGGAAGUCUCAGACUUGAAUAUUAUUCUGCCCUGUCUAAAGAAAAAGCAAUGGAAGUCUUUGGAAUCUAAAAUUCAAGAAGAUAAUGCUAUAUUAAUAUGGGACAAUCUUCUUCUUAUAAAAGUUAUGGCAUUCAAGAUUAUGCCAACUACUGAAAACAUUCUACAAUCUAUUAGUAACACAAAAACACAUUUAAUAACACAAAUAUCCAAACAUAUAAACAGAGAAAAUAAGUAUUAUUUUCUAAGGGAAAUAUUUACAGACAUUCACAAGAGUCAAUUGAAAGAACUUGCUAAAACCAUAGUCAAAGAUUUUUCCAUUGAAAUAUUUGAAUUUGGAACAAUUUCAAAUAAAGAAUUGCUGCAAUCUAUUGUAUUGGAAAUUUCUAAAGUUUUAAUAAAGUCUAUGGAAAAGGUUACAAUAACAAAACCUGUAAAUAAAUAUAUGAGUGAUAUAGCAGCUUUGGGAAAAGAAAAUGAUUGGAAACAAAUAGUACAUAAUGUAACUAUGGAGAAUGAUGUUGAAUUAAUGAAAUAUCUAGAGAUAUUACAGAAAAUACAAAUUCCUUAUUUGGAUGAGAGCUUUCAACUGGUAGCCAUCUUGGUUUUGAUGAUGAUAAAGAAAUGUUGCCAGACGAAAAAACAUAAACGUACCAUAGAUAAUAUCAUACAUGGAAUCUUCGAAUUGAGUCCGAAGUAUCCAGACAUUUAUAAAUUAUUCUCUGUUGAAGCUAUUUUCGAUUUCAAUGACAAUAUAAUUUUAGAAUUAUUGACUUUAUCCAAUAAAGCGUCAAAUAAUAUGUUUGUAAUCAAAUGCAUUUUGGAGUCAGCAGUGAAGAAGGUGAAAACUGAUUCUGACAUUAUCAAAAAUACUGUAGACAUUCUUCUGAAAAACCACAAGACAAAAAGCAAAGAUAUAGAACUAUUUAACAAUAGCGUAUUUCAAAUAAGUUGUACGGUUUUGCCGUUGAUUGCUAAGGAGAAACGAGCCAUAACCACAAGUGCAUUUAGGUCUAUUUUAGCAAAUCUUCAAGAGAAGCUCAACAAUGCUAUGUUAAAAUCAUUUAAAAAUAUAGAUUUUUCUCAAAUUAAUAUUGAACCAGGCAACACGGAUACUAGAGUGGCAAUACUGAAUGCUAUGGGCGCUUAUACCAAUACCUUACUGAAAUGUUGUGAAAGCACAGACGCUGAAGAAAUUAAAAGCUUGGAUUGCCUCUGGUCUGGCUUGGAAUUCUUUGUCGAUAAUGCUAUUCAAGCCAUAGAAAGCCCUGACACAAAAAUACAACACAUAGAGACAUCACUGCAACUGCUUAACGUGACUUUGAGGUACAUAAAAAAACUGGAAUCCCACAAAGUUUUCGGGAAAAAAGAUGAGUUGUUCCAAAAGAUAUGGACAAGUAUCAAGACUAGAUUAAUGUUGUACAAUCAGAAGGAAAGAAAGAGUAAUAUUUUGGAGGAAAUUGCUGUGACAUUGAAGUUUUUGGCUGAAUUAUCGUCUGUGGAAUGCUUUGGCACGCGUUUUGUUGGAGAUCUAAGUAAUUUCGCUGUUUUAAAGAAACCAUCGUUAAUUCUCAAAGACGAAGAAUUCACAAAGUCAGAGAUAUCGUCGCGUAAAGUAUCUAAAUACUUAUGGCUACAGUGUCUCAAAGCGAAUAUAAUCGCACCAAAAUGUGUUGCCCUCACAAAACUUAUUUAUCGGGCGACGAAGAAUUUGUGUUUUUGGAUACAGCAACACUACGAGGUGGAACAAGAUGGCUUACACCAAAAUGGCGGCAACCAAGAUGGGGACGUUAUUGUGAAUGUCGAAGAUUCGAUUUGCGAAUUGAUUAAGUAUGAUUUGGAUGUUCUGUCGGAAGUUAUUUUGGCAGCGAAAAAGAUACCACUGGACUACAAAUUUGUAGACGCCAUAUUCGAGUUGCUCCAUGUGAUACAUUACAUAUUAGGCUCUAAGGUUGUGGACAGAAGAUGUAUAAUUUCUUGGCAAGCGUUUUUCAUUCUUUUCGAUGGGUACUCAAUGAUACUAAACAAUCUUCUGUUGUCUAGAGAGGAGUUGUUAGAAGAUAGAUGGCCCUGCUACAUCCAGUGUUACAAAACACUCAUAAAAUGUCUAUGUGAAAGAACCAUGGAUUUGGACACUCAAGUAACAGCAGACAGAGAUAUUGAACAUAAGAUUGCCGAGUGUGGAUACUCCGUUGAGAAGUUAACACAAUCCAUAUGCAAACGCAAGGCUCAUGUCUCCAAAAUCUCAGCAUACACCAUAGCAGAUAUUUGCACAUGGAUCGAAAAGAGUCCACCACCGAAGAUCAUCCGGCAACAUCUUGAAAGUUCUAUAGCGCUGCUCAUACAAGUGUCAGACUCUACAUAUGCUGUGGCCUUCUUGAGGAGAGCUUUAGCCGGUUCAAUAGGACAAAUGACGAUGACUAACAUGUACACUAUGUAUAAAAGAUACCAUAAGUAUGUUGGGAAUUCGUAAAACAAACCAGAAAGAAGUCAUUUCAACCCGUCGAUCGUGGAAAAACGAGACACAAUAGUAUUUCUAUUGUGUCUCGAUCACGGGUGACCGUAUGGGGCUUGAUGAAUUAAUGCUGUUUUGGGUGCUCAGUUUCACUUAUUGUAAUUUCUCACCGUAAAUAAACUAUGUAACUACAAUUUGUAUUCAGAAAGAGUGAGAAGUGACAAACCUCACACUCAACCAACAUAUUGCUAUACACAUAAGCUUCUUAAAUAAACAUUGUAAAUAAA